AUGCGACCCGAGGAGCAGCCCGAAGCGCCCAGCGCGCCAUGGCGGGCCGCGUCUGCCUUUACCAUGGGCGCUGUGGGCCUCUUGUGCAAAGGCUUCUUGACGGGCUUGAGCAGGGUGGAGACGCAUGGGAUGGAAGGCUUUUUGAAGCUGUUGGAUGAGCGUGAGAAGGUGGCGGAGAGAGAGCGGGGGCUGAUUACUGUCUCCAAUCACAUUUCCGUGAUGGAUGAUCCUAUACUCUGGGGUUUACUCCCGCUGAGCUACAUGUUCAAUCCAGACAACUUGCGCUGGGGCCUGGGGAGCUAUGAUUUAUGCUUUACCAACAAAGGACUGUCGACCUUCUUCAGCUUUGGACAAGUUCUGCCCACCCAUCGAACCGCGUACUCGCAGCAUGGCGGCCUCUUCCAGCCCACCGUGACCCAGGCGAUCCGCCUCCUCUCCCGUGGGCCUUUCCCUUCUGCGAACGAGUUGCCUGAAAAGGCUGCUACGUCGCUCAAGAGCCCCGAUGUCAUCGACCCGUUCAGCGGCGGACACCUCACCUUCACCACAGACGGCCACGAUACGUUUCCUGCGCCAUCGGCAUAUCUCAGCAGGCGGCAUUCGUGGGUGCACAUCUUUCCCGAGGGCAUGAUUCACCAGUCGGAGGACAGGAUCAUGCGCUACUUCAAGUGGGGAGUGUCGCGGCUGAUUCUGGAGAGCGAGCCGAUGCCUGACAUUGUGCCCAUCUUCAUUGAAGGAUUCGACGACAUCAUGCACGAGACGCGCACGUUCCCGCGCUUCAUACCGCGCCCGUUCAAGAACGUCAGAGUCACGUUUGGCGAGAAGCUGGAUGCGGAGCAAGUAUUUGGAGAUUUGCGCGACCGCUGGAAACAGAUUCGCGCCAGAGAGGAGAAGAAGGGAGGGCCGCUGGAGGUGGGGGUCGUGAACGACACACUGAAGUACUCUGAGGAGGCUGUCAGCCUGCGCAAAGAGUGCACCAAGAGAAUGCGGCAGGCGGUGCUCGACGUCCGGCGGCAGCGCGGGUACCCCGAGGACGACCCGAAGAACAGUCUCGCAUCGACAUGGCUGCGAGAAGGGGGCGGGGACAGAGAAGGGCAGAAAGCGGACGGGAGCAUCACCAAGGACACGUGAGGGUGCGUGAGGGUGCUCGAGGUGGUAACGUGUAUAUUAUGCUAUACCUAUGUACAACUCGGAGAGAGAAAGGGACGCCUCAUCAACAACAGCGCGCGGGCAGCAUUUUGUGCGUGUCAGAUUAGAUCAAGUAAUUCACCAUCAGCGACAGCCUGUCCGUCCGUCCUCUUCUGCUGCGACCGAUCAACCGCAACCGCAGGCAACGCACCAAGGCGCGACCAGGGGCGGGUUUCGUCGUUGCCAACAGCAGAGCAAGGACGGGUAUGGUGUGUGUGUCUCUGGCGUGCUCGUGUCGUCAUCCACUGCUGCACCGCGCGCAUCUACUGGUUUCUUCCCCCUAGAGAGAGAU